AUGGCUCUGAGCCGGGAGGCGGGCGACGGCCAGUCAAGGGCGCCUUUUCCAGGCAGAGCCUGCCACCGUGUGGCGUGCAUCGGCUCUGCAGCUGCCUGUCCAAAGACAGCUGGGACCGCUUCCCUGGCACCGCGGGCAAUGGCUGUUGUGAGCAAAGGGCAGAGGGCAAAGUGUAGUCAAGAGCCGCUGCAAACGGAGAUCGUGGAGAAGCCAACGCCGCCAUGCCACCUUCAAUCAGCUUAG